UCUACACUCAACUCAAUUGUUCCUGUUCCUCUGCUCCAGAUGCUGAGUGUGAGCGAGAGAUAGACAUAGACACACACACACACACACACACACACACACAGGACACUGACAGAGGACUGAGGCAGAAAACUGGACUUCCAUCAACACCUCUGAAGAAGACUAAGAAAAUAAGAGCCUUGCUUAGAGUUGAGAGGGAGGGAAGGCGGCAGUAGCGCGUGCAGACGGCAGAGAGGAAAGGACGAAAGGAAGAGGGGAAUAGACGAGAAAAGCUGGCUGCACAGCAGGUUGCCCCCUCUCUGACAGCAGAGAAGUCCAUGACCCUGAACUAAUACAGCGAUGGACAGGAAAAGUGCCAAUGGCUACCCUAAGGCCGGAGGAGAGAGUGGAGGUGGGGGUCAGAAGAAGCAGCUGCCCUACUCCGUAGAGACCCCCUACGGCUUCCACCUGGACCUCGACUUCCUCAAAUAUGUGGACGACAUCGAGAAAGGCAACACCAUCAAGCGGGUCCACAUCCAGCGCAAGGCCAGGGGUCCUCCUAAGUUCAGCACCCUGCCCAGGAACUUCAGCCUGCCUGGGCAUGGGGCACGUUCGGCCCCCAAGGACACCUGGUCUUCCACCUCUACUCUGGGACCCAAGCCCCGGGGCAGAGUCACAGAGGUUCAGCAGUUCUUGGAUUUUAGAGCCAGUGAUGGAGGCAGUGGUAUGGCGGGGGGGCAGAGCCAGAGCAGCAGAGCGCAGGGGAGUGGCUUAUCCCCGGCCAGGCCCAGGGAGGAGGCAGGGGCUGGUGUGUCAGCCGAGAAGCCCCUGGGGAGGCCCAACCUCCUCCGGACUUCCAGCAUGCCCAUUACCAUCCCUCACAGGAAGGCCUCUGAGUCCGGGGACGAGAGAAUCGAGAACGGCUCAUCUGAGAAUGUAUUCCGCGCUGUGCCCCAGGACAGGUCGGGGCUGCACCAGCAGAUCACCGCGGCCCUGAAGAGGGUCAGAGAGCUGGAGGAUAUGGUGAGGACCAUCCCAGAGCUCAAGUCCCAGAUCUGCUCACUGAGGGAGGAGAGAGAGCAUCUGAUUCUCAGGCUGCAGGCCCAAACCAAGCCCCAGGCUCCACCCCCCCCACAACGUGCCUCGCCCUCUCCGGCUCAGAUCAUUGAUCCUCAGCCGCCGGGGUCUGGAGCAGUAGUUGAUACCAGGAGAGCGGAAAGCAGUGCGUCAGAGACAGAAACACAACAGGAAUCCUUAAGAAGUACUGCACAAGAAGCAGAAGCAGAUAGGCUUUUAGCAGCACAGGCAUCAGAGGGACCAGACCGACAAAGAGAGGCAUUAGUGAAUCCAUUAGAGAAAACAGCAGAGCUAGCAGAGGACGUUACAGUACAGAACGCACCAGAACCUUCAGAGAAAGGAGUGAUUGUGCAAGUCAUAGAGGGAGUCAGUGGUGAGGGGGAUCUCCUCAGCAUCGAACAGCUCCAGGCUAAGCUAGUAACACUAGAGGCUAAGUUAAGUCAGGCCAGUGAAGAGCUGGAGGAAACCAACAGUCUCCUCAGACAACAGGUAGAGGACAACAGGAUGAAGCAGGAGAGGAUACUUCAGCUAAGCGAGGGAGGGAGAGAGGGAAAGGAGGAGGUGUGUGGGGAGAGACAUACAAGUAGGAGGACCAGUGUGGACCAGCAGACAGAGACCGAGAGAGUGGUCAUUAUAAACCAGGGGACAGAGUCAGAGAGGGCUGAUGUGGUGGAGCAGGAGACUGAUACAGAGAGGAUAGUGAUAUGUUUAAUCAGAGAGAGAGCUAACAGUGUGGACCAGGGGACAGAGACGGAGAGAGUGGAAGCGGUGAACCAGGUGGCCGAGACAGAGAUGAUUAUUGCAUGCCCAGUUAGACCAAGGGGCAACAGUGUGGACCAGGGGACAGUGACAGAGAGAGUGGAAGCGGUGAACCAGGUGGCCGAGACAGAGAUGAUUAUUGCAUGCCCAGUCAGACCAAGGGGCAACAGUGUGGACCAGGGGACAGAGACGGAGAGAGUGGAAGCGGUGAACCAGGUGGCCGAGACAGAGAUGAUUAUUGCAUGCCCAGUUAGACCAAGGGGCAACAGUGUGGACCAGGGGACAGAGACGGAGAGAGUGGAAGCGGUGAACCAGGUGGCCGAGACAGAGAUGAUUAUUGCAUGCCCAGUCAGACCAAGGGGCAACAGUGUGGACCAGGGGACAGUGACAGAGAGAGUGGAAGCGGUGAACCAGGUGACAGAGACAGAGAAAGUGGACACUGUAAACCAGGUGGCAGAGACAGAGAAAGUGAACACUGUAAACCAGGUGACAGAGACAGAGAGAGUGGACACUGUAAACCAGGUGACAGAGACAGAGAGAGUGGACACUGUAAACCAGGUGGCAGAGACACCGCCUGGAGACAGAUUAGACCAGGGGACAGAGACACAGACAGUAGUCAGUGUGGACCAGAUGACAGACACAGUACCUGUACGUCCAGUGAGACCAGCAAGACACAGGGCUAACAGUGUGGACCAUUGUAGAGAGACACAAAUACAGGCAGGAGUCCGUGUAGACCAUGGGAAAGAGACAGUGGAUACUAUGAACCAGCUGACAGAGACACAGACAGCACCUGUACGUCCAGUGAGACCAGCAAGACACAGGGCUAAUAGCAUGGACCAGGGGACAGAGACAGAGAGAGUGAGUACAGUGGACCAGGUGACAGAGACAGAGGCAGCACAGAGUGCAGACCAGCAAACAGAGACAGAGAGAGACAGAGGUGAGACUAGCAAUACCCCACAUAGAGCUAUAGAGAUAGAAAGUGCAGCUAUAGUAAGUGCAGCCAUAGAAAGUGCGGUCACAGAAAUUUCUGGAGCAGAAAGUGCUGUCAAAAAUGGGGAUAUCACUGAGAGUGCAGUAACUGAAGAAGGUUUUGUGAUUAUAGAAUGUGUGGACACAGAAAGUAUGGUCACAGAGAAUGUGGUCACAGAAAAUGUUAACACAGAAAGAAUGGUAACAAAGAGACAAGAAGUGGUAGUAGAGAAUGCAGUUGAACAAAUUACAAUGACUGAAAGUGUGCUUAAACAGAGUAUGACCACAGAGGGUAUGGUCAUUGAGAGUGUGGUCACAGAAGAGAGUGUGGUCACAGAAGACAAUGCGGUCACAGAGGAGAGUGUGGUCACAGAAGAGAGUGUAGUCCCAGAAGACAAUGCGGUCACAGAAGAGAGUGUGGUCCCAGAAGAGAGUGUGGUCACAGAAGACAAUGCAGUCACAGAAGAGAGUGUGGUCACAGAAGACAAUGCAGUCACAGAAGAGAGUGUGGUCACAGAAGAGAGUGUGGUCACAGAAGUCUCUUUCCCCUGUCUCUGUCCCCUGGUCCACAAUGUUAGUGUGGUGAAAGAAACUCCCGUAGUCCCAGAGAGCCCAGUAGCAGCACCCACCCCCUCUUCCAGCCAGACCCAGCCUCAACCAGGUCAGAAGGAGUCUGUGCAGCCCCAGGCCCAGCCUCAGACCCAGGACCCUCGUCGGGGCUCCAACCCAGCAUUAGGCCAGGUAGUAACACGCCUCACAGGGCUGAUUAACGAGCAGUGGGCCCAGCUGGGUAGCAGCCAAGAGAAGCCGGACAAGCAGGAGACCUCCAGCCCCAGCACCCAGAAGCUUGAAGCCGGGCAGGGGAAGCCUUCAACGGGCAAAUCAGCAGGGAAGUCAGGGCCGUCUAAGAUGAGCUCCAUCCAGAGCCAGCUGGUCAGCUCCCUCAGUGCCCUGUCUGCAUUCUACUCCCCUGGACAGAAGGCUACUGCCAACAAACAACAAGGUCUGAAAUCCAUCAUGAAGAAGAACGGUGCUGCUGACAAGCAGGGGAACAGAGGAGGAGCCAAGAAGAACCUCAAGUUUGUGGGAGUCAACGGAGGGUAUGAGACCACCUCCAGUGAGGAGGAGUCGAGCGGGGAGGAGAAGGAGGAGGCUGAGGAGGUGGACAGCUCUGAGCCUGAGGAGAUGCAGGAGGAUCAGGGGAAGGAGGAGGAGCAGGAGGAGGGAGCUGGAGAAUCCCAGGGCCAGGGAGAGGACACUGCCACAGGAGAGAUGGCCCAGGGAGCAGGCCCUCAGGCUGGGGAGACAGAGGGCCAGGGAGACCCUCAAGACCCAGAGUCCAGCCAGGCACUCCUGGAGGAGCAGCCAGAAGCAGGGGAGACAAUAGAUAAGGACUUCAUGGAGGCGUGUCACUACAUUAAGGAUCGUAUGGCAGAGGUGGCAACCCCUGAUAAAGAAAUGAAACACAUCCUGACCGUGUUGUACCAGGAGUGGUUCCGUGUGUCCAGUCAGAAGGACUCGCUGGCCGACACUGUCACCCUCUAUCUGAGAGAGGUGGGCAUCGCCACGCCAACCCUCCUGCGUUACAUCGUAAACCUGGCCGAUGGUAACGGCAACACAGCACUCCACUACAGCGUGUCCCACUCCAACUUCCCUGUGGUCAAACUGCUGCUGGACACUGGUAUGGGAUAUUCAUCCACCUCUCUACAACACACUGGUCUGUGUGAGGUGGACACCCAGAACAAAGCAGGCUACACAGCGGUGAUGCUGGCCUCUCUGACAGCUGCUGAUGGAUCAGACGACAUGGAGGUGGCUCUACAGCUACUGAGAGAGGGAGAUGUCAAUGCCCGAGCCAGCCAGGCAGGGCAGACGGCCCUCAUGCUGGCCGUCAGCCAUGGUCGCACAGCCAUGGUGCGGUUGCUGCUGAGCUGCCAGGCUGACCUCAACAUUCAGGACAAAGACGGUUCGACUGCACUCAUAUGUGCGUGUGAGCACAGUCACGUGGAGAUCGCUCGGAUACUACUCGAGUCUGACCACUGUGACACCAGCCUCACAGACAAGGAUGGUCAGAGUGCUCUUUCGGUUGCGGUAGCGGCCUCCCACAGUGAGCUAGUUGACCUUCUGAAGACCCAUUCUGACUCCACCACCCAGGCCUCUAACCUCUCCUCCACCACCACCUCAGCCACCAUUAUCACCACCACCACCGCCUCUCUUCUCUGAGUCCUCUCCAGAAGCCCCUCUCUAACCCCCACCCCAACACAGAACUCUCCCACCCUAGACCCACCAUAGCCCAGACCCCAUUCGCCAGACCCAACCCUACCCUAGACCUCCGUAGCCCGGACCCCAUUCGCCAGACCCAACCCUACCCUAGACCCACCGUAGCCCAGACCCAACCCUACCCUAGACCUCCGUAGCCCGGACCCCAUUCGCCAGACCCAACCCUACCCUAGACCCACCGUAGCCCAGACCCAACCCUACCCUAGACCCACCUUAGCCCGGACCCCAUUCGCCAGACCCAACCCUACCCUAGACCCACCAUAGCCCGGACCCCAUUCGCCAGACGCAACCCUACCCUAGACCCACCAUAGCCCGGAUCCCAUUCGCCAGGCCCAACCCUACCCUAGACCCACCAUAGCCCGGACCCCAUUCGCCAGACCCAACCCUACCCUAGACCCACCAUAGCCCGGAUCCCAUUAGCCAGGCCCAACCCUUCCCUAGACCCCCAUGGAGGACAGACAAAGGCUGUAUUCACCACCACUCAGCUCACAGGACUACUGGACCUGUGCUGCAAGGAACCAGAAUAACACACAUUAUUCACAUUUCUGCCAAUAUUCCGUGGGCGGGACUCUGGAGUUAUGUAUCAACCGUUUGGCAGCCAGCCAAUCAGAGAGAGACCUGUGUGUGUCAAUCAAAGAACCUGUAGCCGUGGCGACAGUGGGGAUCGACAGGUGAUCCAUGAAGAGUGCAGAAAGACAACAGAAGGAUGAUGGAUUGAUGCUUUCCAAAAAAAAUGCUCUUCAGGCAAAAAUCUUCUUAAGCACAUGAUCUACCUUCAAAAUCUGUCAUAUUAUUAUCAAUAAUAUGGUUUUUCUUCCUUUUUAUUCCAAUGAUGACAUUACUAUUAUUUUAUAUUUGGACAUAAGCCAUUUAUUAAACCAUAAAGUCAAUGUUAUAAUAGUGUUUUAUCAGACACACAAAGUAUAUUUAUUUUGCGUUGCACUUUGUUUCACUCUGUUUGAUUGAUAUUCACACUGUACAUAUCAUAUCCAUGCUUGGUUUGUUUUCAUCAGUAUGACUUAACGAUUGACUCACUGGGAGGUCUUCCAAUAUGAAGGGUGUAUAGUAGGAUGCAGCAUGCAGCAAUAUAAUAACAAAAGGCAGAAUCUUCCGAAGCUACUAAACUGCAGUAUGAUGUAGUAACUCUCCACUUACUACUCUUCUCAACUAUCUUCAACUCUUUUUCUCUUUCUCGCUCUCAUGCACUAGCCUGGUCUCAGAGCAUUUCAUAUGUUUCUGUACGUACAGUAAAUCCUAGACAUUCCAUGUUACGUUUUGUAUGGUAUGUAUUCAAAUGUGGUUAUCCAUCACCCAUUUUGUAUGAUAUAUUACGGAUUACAAUUCAUAUUAUAUGUUACGAAUUUUCAUAACAAACAAUAUUUAAUUAAUUGCUAAACGUAUGAUAUGUAACGAAUUCUAGCUGGUGGCUAUAGUUAGCUAGCGCACUAAAGUUAGCUAGGCUAGUGGUUAGGGUUAAUUAUUAUUAUUUUAUUAUGUACUUUUACCCCUUUUUUUCCCCAAUUGGUGGUUACAGUCUUGUCUCAUCUCUGAAACUCCCCUACGGACUCGGGAGAGGCGUAGGUCGAGAGCCAUGCGUCCUCCAAAACACGACCCUGCUAAGCCGCACUGCUUCUUGACACACUGCUUGCUUUACCUGGAAGACAGCUGCACCAAUGUGUGUCAGAGGUAACACCGUACAACUGACCGAAGUUAACUUGCAGGCUCCCAGUCCGCCGCCUGUUUGCGUUCUACAUCCACCCAUCCACCCUUAGAUGUUUGCGUUCUACAUCCACCCAUCCACCCCUAGAUGUUUGCGUUCUACAUCCACCCAUCCACCCCUAGAUGUUUGCGUUCUACAUCCACCCAUCCACCCCUAGAUUUUUGCGUUCUACAUCCACCCAUCUACCCCUAGAUGUUUGCGUUCUACAUCCACCCAUCUACCCCUAGAUGUUUGCGUUCUACAUCCACCCAUCUACCCCUAGAUGUUUGCGUUCUACAUCCACCCAUCUACCCCUAGAUUUUUGCGUUCUACAUCCACCCAUCUACCCCUAGAUGUUUGCGUUCUACAUCCACCCAUCUACCCCUAGAUGUUUGCGUUCUACAUCCACCCAUCUACCCCUAGAUGUUUGCGUUCUACAUCCACCCAUCUACCCUUAGAUGUUUGCGUUCUACAUCCACUCAUCCACCCCGACCAACCACCUUCCUUUCGUAUUUGCCUUAAGUAACCAUCUGUCUUACGUAAUCAUAUCAUACUAAAUUGGGUAUCUUGGAUUUACACGCAGAAUAAUACAAAAUGCUCUGAGACCAGGUGGCACACACACACACACACACACACACACACACACACACACACACACACACACACACACACACACACACACACACACACACACACACACACACACACACACACACACACACACACACACACACACACACACACACACACACACACACACACACACACACACACACACACUCACUCUCUUCCACUGUAAUGUAUCAUUCCCUUUGUCUGCCUGCUUUAUAGAUUACAAAUCAAAUAAUGUAUGCAACCAAAAUCGCUACAAAAUGCACAAAGAAUGUCAGUUUUACAUUCCAGAAUCCAGAUAGCAUUCAGCAGGCCUCCUAAGGAACAACAUCACAGCACAUCGCACAGAAAGCAACACAGUAGAGAUCUCUCCAUUACUGGCCAGACUAGUAACAUGUUCUCUACUUUCCUCUGCAGUCAGUAAUGUUACACAGCUCCUUCUCCCAUGUGGACACAAAUGCAGGUUUCACUGCUAGAAAAGUAGAAAUGUUGUUCUUAGGGGGAUUGUGCCUCUCUCUUCCACCCCAAUUUUCUCUCUAUAUUGAACAAUAGGGCACUGUUGCAGAGAAAUGACAUGAGAAUAUACUAUCUAUCCUAUCAGAAAAUGAAGAGGUCCCAAAGGAGAGGUGCUGUGCUCACCAGGUGGAGUGGUGCUGUCUCUCGUUCUCACCUGUUUAUCACAAGGCAGGCCUAGGAGCUGAAGACUGACCUCAACUGGUUAAAGGUCUAUAUGGAAACCUAACUGUACAUACAUAUACAGUAUUGUGGAAAAUAUAUCUGGUAUGGUCUGACAUUUGCUCUUAAAUAUAUUUAGUAUUUAUUAAAAAUGCUAUAUUUUUACAAUAUACAGUAUAUGCAUGGGCCAAUAGUCCAAUGAUUGUGUUGGAAUAUGUGAAUUUAUUGGUUCUUCUGGAUGGUAUAUAUAAGCUAAUUGGUCUACUUUAAAAAGCAAUGUAACUUUUCAUUGGUUGGGUGGUUCACGUUCGUCUCUCAUUGGACAAAGCUGUGUGCUGUACUGUGUCAACAGGACUGACUGUUGUGAGACUGUACUUCUACAUUACAAUCAGAUGAAAACAGCUGUACCUGCCUGUAAUAUUCCUACUGUCAAAUUGACUUUUAUGUUAACCAUUUACAAAUCAAAGAAUUGCUUCUAAAUAAAACGGAGACUUUGAAACUGG